UCUCUCUCUCGAACAAUGGCCCACAGACUAUAAGAAAAAAGCACUAAAGAAAAAUUCCAUUCCCACCAUAUGAAACGCCGGCGAAACAUUGUCACAAUAAUUUCUCGCCUCUUGCUAUACGAGCUGGGAGAACAGGAUGUUCCUUAACAAGCUCCACAUUAGCUGCCUCUUCUUCUUCUUGACCCUCCUCUUCCCUCACAGCACCAAGCAAUCAGCCAAAGCUGCCUCCUUUAUCUACUCAGGCUGCUCUCCGUCCAAAUAUGACCCCAACGGCCCCUUCCAGAACAACCUCACCCCGCUCCUCACCUCCAUCGUGUCCGGCGCCGCGCAGGCCUCCUACAACAGCUACAAGUCAGGCGACGACUCCAGCGGCGCGGCCGCCUACGGCCUCUACCAGUGCCGCAACGACCUGAGCUCCGAUGACUGCUCCAACUGCGUGCAGAGCGCGGUCAGCCAGCUCAACCUGGUCUGCGCCGACUCCCUCGCGGCCUCGCUGCAGCUGGAAGGCUGCUUCGUGCGGUACAGCAACGAGGACUUCCUGGGGAAGUCGGACACCACCAUGACAUACCGCAAGUGCAGCACGAGCAGGAGCGACGACGCGGAGUUCUUCCGGCGGCGGGAUGACGUGCUGGCCGACCUCCAGAACGGGGUGAGCUACCGGACGAGCAGCUCCGGCACGGUGCAGGGUUACGCGCAGUGCCUGGGCGAUCUGGGCGCCGCCGACUGCUCUGCGUGCCUGGCGCAGGCGGUGGGGCAGCUGAAGAAUGCGUGCGGGUCGGCGCUCGCGGCCGACGUCUACUUGGCUCAGUGCUACGCCAGAUACUGGGCUUCCGGCCACUACUUCCGGUCCUCCGCAGAUUACUCGGAUGAUGACAUCGGAAGGACUGUGGCUAUCAUUGUCGGCAUCUUGGCAGGAUUGGCUCUCAUUGUAGUUUUCAUUUCUUUUCUCAGGAAAACAUGCUAGCCACCAUCUGACCUUUCUCGGCGGGACACAAGUGGGGGUGUGUUCUACAGACAGCCACCCGAAAGAGACGGAGAGGACGCGCUUCCAACUGAUGUAAGCAAAAGACUUGAUCUUUCCAGCAAAUCAACAAAAGAGGAGUCGUUCAUUUGUAUUCUGCUAUUAACUGAGAACAUGGAAUUGAUCUUCAACCAGAACGCAUCAACGCUACAUAUAAUUUCUCCGUUUCCAGGAAAUUUA